AUGGUGCGCCACGUGGACGACCUGGACUUCCAGCUGCCCUCACAUGCACAGGAUAUGCUGGCCGGCCUCCAGCGGCUGCGCUCGCAGCCCAAGCUGGCAGAUGUCACGCUGCUGGUGGGCGGCCGGGAGCUGCCCUGCCACCGCGGCCUGCUGGCCCUCAGCAGUCCCUACUUCCAUGCCAUGUUCGCAGGCGACUUUGCAGAGAGCUUCUCAGCCCGCGUGGAGCUGCGGGACGUGGAGCCGGCUGUGGUGGGGCAGCUGGUGGACUUUGUGUACACAGGCCGGCUGACCAUCACGCAGGCCAACGUGGAGGUGCUGACCCGCACGGCCGCACGCCUCCACUUCCCGGCUGUGCAGCAGGCGUGUGGCCGCUACCUGCAGCAACAGCUGGAUGCCACCAACUGCCUGGGCAUCUGUGAGUUCGGGGAGCAGCAGGGGCUGCUGGGCGUGGCCGCCAAGGCCUGGGCCUUCCUGCGAGAGAACUUUGAGGCUGUGGCCCGUGAGGACGAGUUCCUGCAGCUGUCCCGUGACCGGCUGACCACCUGCCUGGCCAGCGAUCUGCUGCAAGCACAGCCUGAGCAGAGCCGCCUUGAGGCCCUGCUGCGCUGGGUGCGCCACGACCCUCAGGCCCGUGCCACUCACCUGCCCGAGCUGCUCAGCCUCGUGGACCUGGACACUGUGCCCAGGUCCUGCGUGCAGCACCUGCUGGCCACAGAGCCACUGAUCCAGGGGUCGGAGGCAUGCCGCGCCGUGCUGACCCGAGCCCAUGGGGAGGCACUGGCCGUCCUUCCACAGAGACUAGAGGAGGUGCUGGUGGUGGUCGGUGGACGGGCUUUGGAGGAGGACGAGGAGGGCGGGGAGGAGCCCGCUCCCCGCUCUGGGAACUUCGCCUUUUACGACACCAAAGCCCGCCGCUGGAUGGCGCUGCCCGACUUCCCUGACUACCACAAGUGGGGCUUCUCGCUGGCAGCUCUGCACAACCACAUCUAUGUCACAGGUGGCUCACGGGGCACCAAGACGGACACCUGGUCGACCACCCAGGCCUGGUGCUUCCCACUGAAGGAGGCGGCCUGGAAGGCCGUGGCGCCCAUGCAGAAGGCGCGCACCAACCAUGCCAGCGCCGCGCUCAACGGGGAGAUCUACGCCAUUGGAGGCACCACGCUGGACGUGGUGGAGGUGGAGAGCUAUGACCCCUUCACGGACAGCUGGACGCCAGUCAGCCCAGCCCUCAAGUAUGUCAGCAACUUCUCCGCCGCCGGCUGCCGUGGCCGUCUGUACCUGGUGGGCUCCAGCGCCUGCAAGUACAACGCGCUGGCCCUGCAGUGCUACAACCCAGUCACAGACGCCUGGAGUGUGAUCGCCUCCCCCUUUCUGCCCAAGUACUUGUCGUCACCUCGCUGCGCCGCCCUGCACGGGGCGCUGUACCUCAUCGGGGACAACACCAAGAAGGUGUACGCGUACGACCCGGGGGCUAACCUGUGGCAGAAGGUGCAGUCUCAGCACAGCCUGCACGAGAACGGCGCACUGGUGCCGCUGGGCGACGCGCUGUACGUGACCGGCGGCCGCUGGCAGGGCAUGGACGGAGAGUACCACGUGGAGAUGGAAGCCUACGACACCGUGCGUGACUCCUGGACCCGCCACGGCGCCCUGCCCCGCCUCUGGCUCUACCACGGGGCCUCGGCCGUCUUCCUGGAUGUCGCCAAGUGGACGCAGCCCUUCAGGCCCGCCCAGGAGCACUAG